AGGCAAACAGCGCAAGAUGUUUCAAGUGCUGAUCAUGGGCACUGCCUUGCGGAACCAAGAGGCUCAGUAUGUGGAACCAGGGAGAACGUGCUACACGACAGGAGGGAUAUGCCCUAAGAGAAUUCAAGUCAUCAAGAACUGCGUCACCGAGGGCUUCUGUGGAGGAAAGAGAGGACCGCUGACCGGCAUCGAGAGGUUGAAGUGGAAGCCUCUUCAUUUUCUCAAAGAAGACGGGGUUGCUGACUCUCUCACCAAGGCGAAUGCUUCUGCUGCUGGGUAUCAGUCGGAAUUCAAGAACAGGCCCUUUCCUCCCUUGUUCACCAACUCUUAAACGCAAAUUCCGACCAUCGUCCAUUUUUCAUGUUUUGACAGCUCCAGGCAGCUGUCUCAGCAGCAGAAAACUCUUCCAGUGUUGUUCAUACUUACAGAUUUCAGUUUCGUCAGAUUCAUUAGAAAGAAUGCUCAUAUUGUUUCCGCUGUCUUGCC